AUGUCUUCUUUGCACGAAUGGCAGCCAGCGGGACCGGAGGAUAAAAGAUCCCCUUGUCCAGCAUUAAAUUCUUUGGCCAACCAUGGAUAUCUGCCUCGUGACGGUCGGGACAUUACACCGGAACAACUUGAAAAAGUUCUACAGAGACAACUUAAUUUUUCAUGGUUCACAUCGUUUAUGCUGACUCGACUUUCUUUUCUUGUGAUAGGAAAGACUUUAGCCGGAAAAUUAGACCUUGAUGACUUAUAUAAGCACAACGCAAUAGAACAUGAUGCGUCCCUUACCCGAAACGACUUUGCCCUUGGUGGAAGUCAUCAAGUUAACCCGAAACUAAUCGAUCAUCUGUUAUCAUUUAAUGUUGAUGGAAAGAUUGGGGUGGAGUCUUUAUCAAAAUAUCGUAUAAACAGGAUUAAAGACAGUGAGGAAUCAAACAAGGAUUUUAAAUAUGGUUUUAAUCAAAGAAAUUCCGGUUCCUUUGAAAUAUCACUCUUACUGUCAACUCUCGGAAGUGAAACAAACAGAAUAGUUGAUGUAAAAAAUGUGGAUGUUUUUUUAAGGAAAGAAGGAUUUCCGGAAGGAUGGGAGAAAGCAAAGAAUGCAAUAACGAUUCCAUACCUCUUUUCUACAUUCAGAAAGGCACAUAAACUCCUGAAAGAAAAUGAAAAGAAAGAAGCAUAG